CUAAUCAUCUGUGGUCGAAGUACAAAACCUUGGCGCUUGUGGGACCCUACAUUAGGGCUCCGUGCCGCCUUCAUCCCUGAAUAAGGCUUUUGAAACCUCCAAAGGCCUUCAACUCUAUGCAAGAUGUGGGAGCGCACAUUACAAGACUUGAUACGCGGGUUGCGUGCCAACAAGGCGGAUGAAUCCAAGUUCAUAGCAAAAGCUAUAGAGGAAAUUAGACAGGAAAUCAAAAGUGAUGACAUGGUGCUUAAGUCUGGGGCCGUCCUUAAACUAACUUAUCUUGAUAUGAUGGGCUAUGACAUGAGCUGGGCUUCCUUUCAUGUCGUGGAGGUUAUGUCUUCGCCUAAGUUGCAUCUCAAGAGUGUUGGAUAUCUCGGGGCAAUACAGUCGUUUGACCAGGAUACAGACGUCUUAAUGUUAACCACUAAUUUGCUGAAGAAGGAUUUGACUUCUUCUCCGGCAGAUAUUGCUCUCACAUUGAAUGGAAUCUCACAUAUCCUUACUCCAGACCUGGCUCGUGAUCUGUCUCCUGAACUAAUCAAGAUGCUCACCCAUUCUCGCCCCGCAAUCCGCAAAAGAGCCGUCCUUGCUCUGUAUAAACUCGUCAAGAGAUACCCGGAAGUAUCGACACAGGUUGUAUCUCGAUUAAAGGAUAAAUUGGAGGACCCGGAUGCUGGCGUCAUUGCUGCUACCGUCAACGUUCUGUGCGAACUCACCCUUCACAAUCCCAAAGAUUACCUUGCACUCGCCCCGCCAUUAUUUCAUCUCAUGACCACUUCUUCGAAUAACUGGAUGCUCAUCAAAAUCAUUAAGCUGUUUGGUACAUUGUCACCGUAUGAACCCCGCUUGGUCAAAAAACUACAACCGCCAAUCACUGAACUGAUCAGCACCACGCCGGCAAUUUCCCUGUUAUACGAGUGCGUCCAUACAUGUAUCAUUGGCGGUAUGCUUGAGGGAUCUUCUGGAGAUGCUCUUGCCCGAACAUGUGUGUCAAAGCUAGCGGCGUUUAUUCAGGACUCGGACCAAAACUUGAAAUAUAUCGCCCUUCUUGCAAUGGUCAAAAUCGUGCCCACCCAUCCACAUCUUGUCGCGCAAUAUCAGGAUACUAUACUAGCCAGCGUCAAUGACCAAGAUAUCAGCAUCCGAAUGCGUGCAUUAGAUUUGAUUUCCGCAAUGGUAGACGAAACGAAUUUGCAAAACAUUGUUCAACAAGUCCUUUCACAUCUCGUUACCGACACAUCCAGUUCAAAUGUACCUUCCGCUGCAGAGUCACUGGCCCAGCAUACCAUACCACCUACUGUGAAACCUUCUCUUCCUUCGCCUUCAGCGUCUCCAGCAUACCGGCUUACUCUUUCACAACGAAUACUACAAAUGUGUUCUCAGAAUACGUACGAGAACGUUACCAACUUUGAGUGGUAUCUAUCUGUCCUGGUCGAUCUGGCGCACGUAGCCAAUGUCGACGUGGGCGUACAAAUUCGAGAUCAGAUGGUCGACGUCGUCGGUCGUGUCAAGGUUGCUCGGAGGUACGCGGUUAAGCUUAUGUUCGCUCUUCUGAGCGACGAUGCGAUGUUGCGAAACGCUCAAGAUGAAGGGAGCUGCUCCGAGGUCUUGUGGGCAGCUGCAUUCAUAUGUGGGGAAUAUUGCAGUGAACUGACUGACCCGCAAAAGCUGCUCCCUUUGAUCUUACAGCCGGGGAUAUCAAAUUUAUCCCCUGAUAUUAUCGCAGUGUACAUUCAGGCUGCAACGAAGAUAUUCGGUUUCUAUGCGGCGGAGGUGGCACAGCGCUGGAUUGACGACGAUCUGCACGAGGUCAAAGCUGUCGUUCAGAUGGUUAUUGAACGUGUUGGGCCUUUCGUGAACAGUUCACACAUUGAAGUCCAGGAACGGGCUGCGAACACUCUCCAAUUAUUCAACUUCAUACUGGCGGACCUCAAUACCUAUCGACCCCGAUCGACCGGAAAUCCCUUCGAUGAGUCUAGUUCAUCUUAUGCGAACUCCGAUGUAAUUUCAGAACCCCGCUUCCCGAAAUCCCUCUUUAUCAUACAGCCUCUCUUCUCGUCAUAUGAACUGAACCCGGUAGCACAGCACGCCCAAGAAAGUGUGCCGAUACCUGAGGGCCUGGAUCUCGACGCAUGGAUUGUACCACCUCCCGCGGACCCCCUUUCCCUGUCGGAACCUGGCGAGAAGAAGGCUAAGAAGAAGAUCAAGAAGGAGAAAGGGAAAGAUGGUGUUUCUGGUUCCGGUAAUAAGGGCAAAAAGAAACAACGGGAAGAGAAUGGUAAACAACAUGGAUACAAUGGAAACGGACUAGUCACCUUGAUACCUCUAGAGUCCGAGACAGAAACCGAGGAGCAGCGCACAGAGAGGGAACGGCGACGAGCGGAACGCUUAGAACGCCAACGUGAUGACCCAUACUAUAUUAUGGAUAAGAAACCCUCAAAAACAGUUUCACCUCCUCACGACGUGGACCUCGAUUCAAUACCCGUAGUCAAACUGGAAGGUAUGCCAGCCUUCUUAGGACCAGUAGACUCGCGACUGCCAAGCUUGAGGUCAACGCCCUUCCAAUAUUCACCUGAACCGUUCUACAUAGACCGAGUCGGCGAAAUGCCAACCGGAGCUGCUGCCCUAACCAACUCUAGUCCUUCGUCACAUCAUUCUACACCGACGCCGGGGUCUCGCCCAGGAUCUAUCAUCUCACGAACCGCAAGUCCCGCACCUGCACGGUUAUCUUCCGGUUUAACUGCUUCAAUAUCCUCAUUUCCACAAUACGAGGUGGCAGACGAGGAUGGUCAACCGGCUACUCCGACACCGGAGCCUGUCAAAGUGCAGUCUAAAAAGAAGAAGGCCCCAGGAACAGUAACGGGAAAGAAAAAACGGCCCAAGGCGGUAGCAGCUUCAUAGGCAAGAUUAGAUAGUUCAAUAAAUCAUAUAUGAAUUCGUCGAGAUGUACCGUUCACGCAGAGUAGCAACAUUCCGAACGAUGAGACUGAUCGAAUGUGCUUGCUCCUAUCUCAAAUGGCCUUACAUGUAUAUUUACUGCAACUCAGGUGGGCUUUCGGUUUGCAUUUAAGGCGGAUGCAUGGUCAAAGGACUAUCAUUGAAAACUUACCGUACAUGUGUCUUUUGACAUCACUAGAAUCGUUGAGCAGUCACGUGAGUGUCGAUGCAACUCCCGAAUCUUAUGUAGUCCGAGUCGUCUAUACGGUGAUCUUGGAGUCCUUGAGACAAAACAUCAAGUUUUGCUUGCGACUUUCGUUAAUGUAACAAUGUUUCAAAUCUGAGUAUCUAG